CAACCAUGGAAAUGUUAUGAUAAAUCAAUAAUGCACCAGCAAAAGUUCAGAAUGAUGGAAGAAUAUGGGCAGAAAAAUCCAAGAAACGUUAAACUUGUAAAUGGUGUAAAGAUUAUUUGUUCUGAAGAGUUUUUGCUUGGUAAAGGAAGUGAUGGAACUCGUGUUUACAUUGGACUCGGAAAAGAUGGUUACGGAAAAGCAGUAAAACGAUUGCUUCGAGAUAACUGCGCGGAGUUAGCCAAACGAGAAAAAGAUAUUUUGAAUGAGUUUAAUGCCAAGCGUUCAAAUUAUAUUGUGAAUUAUUGGCAUCUUGAAGAAGAACCAGGCACAGAUUAUUUGUAUUUGAUAUUAGAUUUGUGUGAAGAAUCGUUAGAGAGUUUUGUGAAAUCUUCUACUUUGCAAUAUCUUCAAAAAGCACUUCCUACAAUUCUUAUGCAGAUUUUAAAAGGUUUAGCUGAUCUUCACAGCGGUCCGUGUCCUAUUCUUCAUCGGGAUUUAAGACCAUCAAACGUUCUUCGAGAUGUACAAGGAAAUUUUUUAGUCGCGGACUUUGGUAUAAGUCAUAUGUUAUCUGAUGAAACUUCGACACAUUGGAGCAUACAAAGAGGAGCUAAAUAUUGGAUAGCUCCAGAGUCAUAUAACGCAUCAGAUGAUACAAUUAAUAAAGUUCGUUACAAAAAAGAGUCUGACAUUAUGAAUGCCGGAAUGGUGGCUUAUUAUGUUGCAACAAAGGGGAAACAUCCUUUUGGAAUUGAACGGCAUAGACUGGACAACAUUUUGAAAGGAAACCCAGUUGGCUUGGAUGAAAUCGAGGAUGUCACGCUCAUAGACCUUUUAUCGUGGAUGCUACAGCUAAAACCGGAAGACAGACAAUUGGCCAACGAAGCGUUGGAUGGACCGUAUCGAUCCUGA